UUAAAUUAUCAAAUCUUUGUUAAAUAUUUAUUUUAGUAAUUGUUGUAACUUUAAAGUUAAAUGAGCGAAAAAGCCUAAUUCUGUCAUAAUGCUUUAAUUGAUUAAAUAGAUUAAUGGUAAAAAUCUCUUGAGUAAGAUUUAUAAAUAAUGAAAUAAAUAAAAGAGCUUGUAAUUUCAAAUGAGGAUUAACCCAUGACAGAUAGGAUUUGGGUAAAUAAGAAUGUAACGAAGGUUAUUGAAGAGAUUUAAAAUGAAUUAUAGAGUUAUAAAAAUGAAAGAAUUCAAUCAACAAAAAACAAAGUAGAGUUUCUAUCUAUAAUUAAGAAAUAUGAGUUUCUUUAGGCAAAUUUUUAGUAGAUAAAUAAAGAUAUUAGAUCUAUUUAUUCGUACUCUUAGGACUAUCACAAGCUGAAAGAUGAAUAAACCAAAUAGUAGUUAAAUAAUUAAUAUCUCUCUAUAAAAAAAAAUAUUUAAGAAAACGAAAGAUUUAAUGAUUAAAAAUAUGAUAACAAUUUGAAAAACUGGAAGUCUGAAUAGCUAAAUUAGAAGUAUCAGUUUGAAUAGGAAGAUAAUUUUAGAUAGGAAGAAGAGGAGGAGGAAUAGAGAUAGUUAUAAGGCAAAUAGCCUUAAAGCAAUGUCUCUUUUCUGAAUGAUACAUUUAAUUCUAUUUAAAACAGACAAAUUUCAUAGCAAUAAAUUGAGGAUUUAAAACAAAAGUCGUUGAAGUAAAUAUCUACAAAAUCUAUAAAUCAAAUUUAACAACCUAGCAAGUCGAUUCUUAAAGAAAGAAAAAUGAUCGAUUUUGCAGAAAAUAUCAAGAGUGAGUGGUUUGGAGAUUUAUAAAAAGCGUACAACUUGGCUAAUCAAAAUGCAGAAAAUUUAAAAAAUUGCUCUGUUAAAACAUGUCAGACAGCUAAAUUUGCUCAAAAAGGAACACAAAAUUUGUCUUAAGCUUUUAGUAGGUCUAAAACUCCUAAGCAUAAAAGAAGUUUUAGUUAAAAUUUAAACAACUUAGAAAAAUAAAGUUUAAUUAAUUAGAAAUCAUAGUUAAAUUAUUCUUUCAGGUAAAAGUAAGAAGAAAAUGCUAGUGCUUUAUACAUUUUAAAAAGAGAAGUUUAAAGGAUAAAGGAAUUAGUAUAGGAAUAAAUUAACCAUUACGAUGGGCACACUCAUAAUAAUAUUGAUGAAGAGAUUAAAAAAUAUAAAUUAGAAAAUACACUGAUGAAAACUUAAUGCUAAAUUCUUAAGGAUGAAAACUAAGAAUUAUUAGUUGAAUUUUAAAAAACAAAAAAAAUUUUAGAAGACCAAAUUAUGUUAAGUAAAGAACUUUAAGAUAAGUUGAUAGAGUAAUAAAGUUAAAGGUUUUACUAGUAAUAAUCCUAGGACUAAUAUGAAUUUUAAAAUCAAAAAAAGAGUUCUGAUGAGAACAAAAAUGGAUAAUUCAUAAGUUAAUACACAGAUUAAGAUAAAAAUACAAAAUCAAUUAACAAUUUUAUAAACUAGUAAAUAACAGAUAACUUAAAUGAAGAAAUGUUGUCAAGCUGGGUAAAAAAAAGAGUAUAAAAUUCUAAUGGUAAGUAUAACUUAGAAAGUAUUUCAGAUUAUUGA